GCCUCUCUCACUGUGCUGGCACUCGCGUUCCUCCCCUUCACCAACAGCCCAUACAUAGUCGACAUUAAACCGUCGAAUAUUACCUUCGAGCCGCGGUUUAGGGCCGGACGCCACUACUUCUAUUGGCCAUUCUCCCUUCUCCUUUCCCGCGGCCGCACUUCGUUCCUUCGUCUCCUUCCUCGGCCCCAUCCUAUGAGGGAUGCAUAAGCAUACCUAGCCAGGCUACUUCUCUAAAUGGAUUCUGCGUCCCUUUUAUCUGACUCCGCGAUAGACCUGUCAACAGGAAUAGGUGCAAAACGGCCGCCUACCUACACGACUGUCGGGUCCGUCUACAAUCCGAAAACCACAACACCACUCCAGCCGCCAACUCGCCGCCCGAGAACGCGUCGGUAUCCGCAGCCCAUCCGAUCUCCUCCCGAGGGUACCUUUAUGAACGCAUUGCUGUCAGCCCUGCCAAUUGAGGACCAGAAUCCUCCUUCACCCCCUUCAACGGCAUCUAUACUGCGACAGUACUCGCCGUUGCAGCAGAACUACGACCGAGCAGCCAUCCCAGUUUCAGAGCAGGAGACCAUGGCGUUUACCGAAUUCGACAUGUCGAUGACGAACGUCCGGUCUGGGGACCUUCCAUCCCCCACAGGCUUCGAAAGCAACGACAGUGUCGCCGCAGAGGACACAUUGACAUCACGUAUCACUGUUAAGGGGCUUACCAACCUGGCGUCGUAUCCAAACCCCAUGCAGAAGGCUGCCCGGAACACGUUGGCAAGAGCCCGCGCUGUUAAUCUCAGUCUCAGCCGUCCGGGGACUCCUUCAUCGCUCCCAUCUACCACUCCAGACAUGUUUAAGGAUCGCCUCUUCAACACGUACGGCGCAAAGCCGGCUAUGGCAGGCCCGCCUCAGCCGUUGAAGGCAGGCCCGCCAGGCCAGCGGGCGUUCAAACCGACGACGUUGGACGCCGCGGCCAGGUCCCUCCGCAUUGAGGACCAGGUGCCACCGGCCAUGUACCAAUCUCGGUCUCCAAUUGGUUUCCAAUACAACCCUGAUACCAACAUCCAGGCCGCCUUCGAUGACGAUGAUGGAAUCCAUAGCUCAAAGCGAGAAGCCCAGCUGCCUCUUGAAGAGAAUCAGCACGGCCCCGUAUCUCGCAAUCCUCAUGACGUUACAGGUUUUGGGGGUCUUUUAACACCGGGCCCCUUUGACACAUUUACCGAGUCACUGGACGGGGCCAAGCGGAAGGUUCACGACACGCUCCCGCCCGAGAGGAUCAAGCAUUACUUCCCGGGCGGGUUUCCCUCGAGUUAUGAUGGACGACAUAAGCCCAUGGGCGACGAUUGGGCUACAAAGCAGCCAGCUCCUGAGGACGGGUUCAGACAGGAGAGCUUCUCGGAACGCAUGACCAAGAUCAACCGGAACUUCUACGCCGGCACAGAGGGGCUGGUCAAGAACCUGGAACAGAUCGUACGCGACCACAACUAUCGCUGCUUGGAGAACAAAAUUGGAGUCAUUGGCGGGGAGCGCGAGCGUCUUCGUGGGAGCCACAUCGAGAGACUGGGUGCCGAUGGCAAAGUCCAACCGCCGAUUUUGAGCGUCGAUGAGGUCGACAAGAUGAGUGAAGCUGAUGUUGCAAAACCCCUGGUCAACAUGGCAUUCGCCACCUUGCUGUCUUACAAAGAACAGAGCGAGUCUGGGGCUUCGGGACAGAACGCAUGGCCCAGCGGUUUCACCAAGCCAGACGACAGCUGGGUGGACGCCACGGUCGAAGGCAACACGAGCUUCUUUAGUAAGCCGAAGGAGGAGUGCCUGAAGAGGAAGAAGGCCCACAAGAAGGUGAGGCGGGGUUACUGAGAGUGUCUGCCCAUUGCAUUGGCACGCCCAACCGCUCGUCUCGGCAUCGAAGGGAGCAUUCGGCUAUCACAUCACAAAAGUGAGCAGGUCACGGAAAUUUGUUACGAAGGAGUGUGGGUUAUUACUUGAUAUCUGGAAAAGGACAAGGGAGUUAUCGGUGCGAGGCAACAUCGGAGGAUAUUUAUGCUUUGGACUGAUAUUGGUGGCGAGCAGGACAAUUGCUUUGGAGAGGCAGCGCCACUGCUUGGACGGUUUUUGGCUGAAUAACGCAAAAUCAACUUAAUCCCACGCAGAUUUUGUACAGUAGAAGUGCGUAGCUUAAUUAUCCUGCUCUUCUUGUAUCCUUUUUUCCUUGUGAGGGUGUCGAGGUCACGGCUUGAUUUCGUCGCGGCCCUCGGCACAUGAACCUUCGGAUUAGUUUUCGCACAAGAUUGCAAGAGUAGAUCGAGCCGUUGAUUACAAAAGCCUUAAAUUUGAAUUG